AUGAUAAUCCGGGCCCUCAGCAGCGCGCUUUUCCUUUUUGCGAUCGUCUUCACCAUCCCGCUUGCUUUCGAUGUCGGCGGCCGUACCUGCGGGCUGGCUUUCAGCCUCAGUCUGGCCACAUACUACUUCUUCGUGUCAUGCCUGCGUUUGAGUGUACCUGCGCACUCGACAUGGCGAGGAGCCAUCGUUCGCUUCCUUUCUUCCUUGCAGACCAUCGUCAUUCCGGCCCUUCUUAUCUGGAGCUUGAACAAAUUCAGCGAGGAAAGCAUCGACGAAGGCAACAACUGGGUCACGCGCGCCUUUUUCAAUGCAACGAAACCGCUCCACCGAAGCCCAAGCCUGCGUGAGUGGCUGUUCGGAAAAGAAGGAUUAGUGGAAAAUGUGAUACUCGGAUCAUGGGAUAAUCUACUGCGCUAUUCAACACCUGUCUUUCAACUCACGGAAGGCUUCUGCAGCUUGCUUUUGGUCCAAGCAGCUGGACAAGUCACUCGAUAUCUCGUCAACACGAGUGAUGCUGGCGAUAGCUGGAUGAUCGGUCUGCUCAUUGUCUCAGGCAGCAUCAUCUCCAGUUCAGUAUAUUUCCUCUGGCGGAUCAGCACGUUCCCAGCACUGGACAGCCAGGAUGCCAUCCUCAUCGGCAUCGCCAUCACCUGCGCUUUCUUCCUGUGCGCAUGGGGUAUUGGUAGCGGACGCGGAAACGUCGUGGAGAGCAGCCUUCUUUUUGCCUACGUCACACUCUGCAUUUACCAGAUCUUCACUGACUACCAGCCAAGUCAUCCGCUGGAAGAUCUCCCAGCUGCAGAACCUGGCUUCCCACCUUUACCACCUAUCUUCAUGGCAAGCUAUUCGACCAUUCUGCAAGCCCUAUCGUCUCUACCUACUGCUCUCCGUUCCGCUUUCGGCUUCGUAUUUGCCGCUGUCCAGACCGUCACACCAUCUGUCAUUAUAUCCCUCAUAUACCGUCUGGUCGUUCUGUAUGCUGCUGCCCGAAUCAUUCCAGCUGUGCGAGAAUCAGGAGCCAGAGCGCUCGCCGAGGAUCCUUCACUCGAGGACUCCUUAAGUACUUCCGAUACGCUCGUGGGACUCAUCAGCUACUUCUCGCCGAGCAUCCUGAUCGCCGUCUACACGAGUCUACUUAUGCAACAUUUCUCGACUGCGGCCACUGAUCAUCCUGGCGAAUGGUGGACUAGUCAGGGCGGUGAGGGCGGUGGAAAUAUAAUCAGGUGGAUCAACUUGGCAGGGACCAUGGCGUUAUAUGCUGUAGAGCUCUGGAUCAGCAAGGGCGCCGAUGACGGCUUGACCGGUCACUGGAAACUUGAUUGA